CGAUGACGCUCACCGCCGCGUCGCCGCGCUCCCCGACACGCGGCGACGUAUCGUGGAAAUUAUGUAAUUUGUAACCGGAAAUAUUGAAAAAGAAAUGAGCGUGUUCCUACAUCGUUUCAAAGCGAACGCCGCCUCGUCUCGGUGAGGAAGGAAGAAUCGUCGGGAACGUCGCCGGGAGCGAUGGACGCGAGGACCGCGCAUAACGGGGAGGACGGGAGGACGAGCGAGGAAGCUGCGUCCAGCCCCUGUCUCCAGCUCGACCUGGGGGACACCGAUUCAGCAAAGAAGGUGCAGAUAACCGAGAUGCCAUCCCCAUUUGGAGUCAGCCAAGCCCAUGAGAAAAAGAUUGGCCACAGGAGGGUAGAUGCCUCUGGGGAGACAACGUACAAAAAGACCACUUCCUCCGCUUUGCAAGGGUCCAUCCAGCUGGGCAUCGGAUACACCGUAGGCAACCUCAGCUCCAAGCCGGAGAGAGAUGUGUUGAUGCAGGACUUUUACGUGGUGGAAAGCAUCUUUUUCCCCAGUGAAGGCAGUAACCUCACUCCGGCCCACCACUAUCCGGACUUCAGGUUUAAAAACUACGCCCCUGUGGCGUUCCGCUACUUCCGAGAGCUGUUUGGGAUCCGACCGGAUGACUACCUGUACUCCAUAUGUAACGAAACGCUGAUCGAGUUGACAAACCCAGGAGCCAGCGGCUCAAUAUUCUACGUCACCCGCGAUGACGAGUUCAUCAUCAAAACGGUUCAGCACAAGGAGGCCGAGUUCCUUCAGAAGCUCCUUCCUGGAUACUACAUGAACUUGAACCAGAACCCCCGCACUUUGCUGCCAAAGUUUUUUGGCCUGUACUGCGUCCAGUGCGGGGGCAAAAACAUCCGAGUGGUUGUGAUGAACAAUAUCUUGCCACGCUCCGUGCGCAUGCACCUCAAGUUUGAUCUGAAGGGCUCCACGUACAAGAGGCGAGCGUCCAAGAAGGAAAGAGAGAAAUCCAAGCCCACUUUCAAAGACCUGGACUUUCUGAAUGACGUUCCUGAAGGCCUCACCAUGGACCAGGACACAUACAGCGCUCUGGUGAAAACCCUGCAGAGAGACUGUCUGGUUCUGGAAAGUUUCAAGAUCAUGGACUACAGUUUGCUGCUCGGGGUCCACAACAAAACCCAAGCCAAGCGAGAGAACCAGUCUCAGGGUUCUCCUGCAGGAGGAGGGGACGAAACGAGGCGCGCAGCUCAGAGAGCUCUGUAUUCCACUGCCAUGGAGUCUAUCCAGGGAGGCUCCACCUGCAGGGACACGCUGGACCAUGAUGACACCAUGGGCGGUAUUCCAGCCGUGGGUAGUAAAGGAGAGCGCCUCCUGCUCUUCGUUGGAAUCAUUGACAUCCUGCAGUCCUACAGAAUGAUCAAGAAACUGGAGCACUCUUGGAAGUCCCUCAUCCAUGACGGGGACACAGUGUCGGUUCACAGGCCGAGUUUCUAUGCUGAGAGGUUCUACAAAUUCUGCAGCACCAUCGUCUUCAAAAAGAGCAGCUCAUUGCGGUCGUCUCCGUCCAAGAGAGGACGGGGGGCUCUUUCGAUGUCCAAGUCCAGUGGAGGAACGGGUUCAGCCGGGCAGCGUCCCUCGCUGACCGAUGAGACGCAGGAAAACCUGGACAACUGGGAGACCCUACGAGGAGUGCGCAGCUUCCCUUUGCUGGAGGACAACGGGAGAGAGCCGCCCUGCACUCCUCCUUCCUUUGAAGACGCCACCACAGCUUCUAUUGCUACCACUCUCUCCUCCAACAACUCCUUACCCACAACCCCCUUCGACACCCCAGAGCACCCACGCUACAGGAGACAAAUGCUUUCCCCGAGUGUGGCCAGGGCCCAGAGAGAGGUAGUCGAGGUUCAUGAGGAAAAGCAGGACACGAUUACAGUGGAGGUGGAACUCAGUAAAAUCCCAAAGAGCACUGAGCUCACACAGAUGACAGGAACGACCCCACCCAGCCUUCUGUCAGCUGAUCACCAGCUCCGUGCAACCGCCUCAUCCACCCUUCCCUCUGUCAGUCCAUCCUCAGCGUGUUCCUCCUCCACCCUUCCGUCUUCCUUCGGGCCUUCCUCCUCCGCUGGCCAGUCGGCCUCCACGCUGGCUUCAUCCAUCCGUCCAUCCACCAAACCCCUCGCCUCGCCUGCCGCUGCUCCGUCUUCAGCUCUUCCUUCUCCAGUCCCUCCUUCAGCGGCUGCGUCCGAACCUCUCGCUCCACCUCCGAACCCCCAGGGCGUCCCAGCGGGCUCGGCGUUCACUCCCAUCCGCCCCGCGUCGUCUCACUCCUCCACCCAGAGCUCUUCCCCCCAUCAUCUCCCCUCCACCCCGACCCCCUCCCACCCUCCAAGCCCCCAGGUGCCUCAGCAGGCGCUGAAAACACCGCGCAAUCAGCUGUCUGUGUCCAGCAGCCACAACUCGCUGGAUGGCGAGGUGCCCGUGUCCGACAUCUACUUUUAUGCAGAUGGCAGAUAUUGGGUGUACUCUCCUGUUCUUGGCCGUCGUAAGCUAAACUCUAGCUCGAGUUACAAUCAGACCCAGGAGGAUCGGGGCUGGAUGUACUCUCCUCUGCACUACAGCUCAGAGUCCAGAAGGGGCUCAGACGGAGAGAGCGAGACAUAAUUCUUGGAUCACAGCAGUGAUGGGUGGAGUCAGAGGCUGUUCCUUUAUACAGAAGCUGUGAGGUUCUGAUAACAAAGCCGCCAGGACACUAUGAAAAUAAAUGCUAGUUUCCCAGGCUGGAUGUGGGAGCUUGCUUUGUCAACAGAGACUAAAGGAAUGACUUAACAGCAUUUAGGUAUACACACAUGCAUAAAUAUAUCUAACGUAUUACGAAAUAAAACAUAAAGCAUUCAUUGCUGAACGAUCCGACUGAUAUGAAGCAGAGAAACAGAGUGUGACGCCGUGAAGGGGGGAUGUGAAGUCGGAUGUGUUGCAGUCCUGCUGCCUGCUGGGGGAGUUGUUGGUGUUCACGAGUCACGCUGCAUUGUGCCAGCUUGGACUAUGCAAUAUGGAUAUAUGUAUUAUUGAUUUCUGUCUUUGACAGAGUUUAUUCGCACAUUUACUUUUCACUAGUUGCAUGUCAAAGCUGUAUAACAUUUUAUUUUAGCACCUUAUCACUGUACAUGUGGCUGACAAAAUAUAUGUCUGGAUAUUAUGUCAUUAAUUCUUGUUUGAAAACACUUAAAAACACAGUUAAAGUGUCAUGUGCUGUGUAUAGUGGUGCGUGGUGGUCCACUUAAGAAUCAUUGAUCUGACAAUGAAUGGUUGUGUUCAAAAUGCCUUAUUGACAAACUCCUUCUCAUAACCGUUUUUAGUAUUUUGGUAGCUUCUAAUCACAUCAAAAUGACUAAAAUAUAUAAACAUAACGGGUAUUUUAUUGUGCGUGAAUACCAAAUAAUUGAAAAACACGAUAUAUAUGUAUAUAUCCCAUGUAUUUAUACCUCUUCAGGAUGCAUAUCCAAAAGAUGAACAGCGAUCAAGGGAACAGAAAAGAAAUCCUCUUUUAUAACUGAUAGAUAAGCUUCAGCACAUGCCUGUCAGUCUGUACGUGCUCUGGAGUCUCUGUGUGCACAUGUGUUUGCAUGCAUGUUGACGUGUGAUUGGAAGACAUUCCGUCUUGCCUAUUUGUAAAAAUUCUCAAAAGCUCUAACUUCCAUUUGUUCAAAUAGGCCAUGAAUGUCUGAACCAGCUACAAGCAUGUUGGCUGUGUGAGAAUAUGCAAACAGUCUUCUGGAUUAACCAGGAAUGACCAAAUUAAACAAACUGAGCUAAACUGAAAUAACCUCAUAGUUCAUAGAGUUUGGUAGGAAAAGUAACAGCCGGUACCUCCCUCCAUCCCUGCACUGCAUCAGUAAGAUUGACAUAAUUAAACUGCCUGACUGUGGUAACAUGUAACACUGCUGUAACAUGUGACCGUGUUCUUCGAGUCUGCUGAAGUUAACCCGCCUGUUUGUGGGCAACCGUGUGUGUAGCAGAUCACUGUGUAAAAUAAAACAAGGAUUAUGUGUAAAAAAAAGGGCAACAUA